GGAGGGGGUGGCCGGACCGUGGAGCCGAGCGGCGGCGGGGGCGGUAAUGGCGGAGCUGGUGCAGGGGCAGAGCGCUCCCGUGGGGAUGAAGGCCGAGGGCUUCGUGGACGCCCUGCACCGGGUCCGGCAGAUUGCUGCUAAAAUUGAUUCAAUUCCUCACUUGAAUAAUUCCACACCUCUAGUGGACCCCUCAGUAUAUGGAUAUGGAGUACAAAAACGGCCCUUGGAUGAUGGAGUAGGUAACCAGUUAGGGGCCUUGGUACAUCAAAGGGCAGUAAUAACAGAGGAAUUCAAAGUGCCUGAUAAAAUGGUUGGAUUUAUUAUUGGCAGGGGAGGUGAGCAGAUUUCACGGAUUCAAGCAGAAUCUGGUUGCAAAAUUCAGAUUGCUUCAGAGAGUUCUGGGAUUCCAGAGAGGCCCUGUGUACUUACCGGAACCCCAGAAAGUAUUGAACAAGCCAAACGGCUCCUGGGGCAGAUUGUGGACCGCUGUCGGAAUGGACCUGGCUUUCAUAACGACAUGGACGGCAACAGCACGGUCCAGGAGAUCCUCAUCCCUGCAGCUAAAGUCGGGCUGGUCAUUGGCAAAGGAGGGGAAACGAUAAAGCAGUUGCAGGAGCGGACGGGGGUGAAAAUGGUCAUGAUCCAGGAUGGCCCGUUGCCUACGGGAGCAGACAAGCCUCUUCGCAUCACUGGAGACCCGUUUAAAGUACAGCAAGCAAGAGAAAUGGUAUUAGAGAUCAUCCGAGAAAAAGACCAAGCUGACUUUCGAGGUGUCCGCGGUGACUUCGCCUCCCGAAUGGGAGGAGGCAGUAUAGAGGUGUCUGUGCCUAGGUUUGCUGUUGGGAUUGUAAUAGGAAGAAAUGGGGAAAUGAUCAAAAAGAUCCAGAAUGAUGCUGGUGUGAGGAUUCAGUUCAAACCAGACGAUGGUAUUAGUCCAGAGAGAGCUGCCCAGGUCAUGGGACCCCCGGACCGAUGUCAGCAUGCAGCACACGUCAUCAACGAGCUUAUUCUUACAGCCCAGGAAAGAGAUGGCUUCGGAGGCCUCGCAGUAGCCAGAGGCCGAGGCCGUGGCCGUGGCGACUGGAGCAUGGGAACCCCUGGCGGCAUCCAGGAGAUAACAUACACAGUACCAGCUGAUAAGUGCGGCCUCGUCAUAGGCAAAGGGGGCGAGAACAUCAAAAGCAUAAACCAGCAGUCUGGAGCACACGUGGAGCUGCAGCGGAACCCCCCUCCCAACACUGACCCCAACCUGCGAAUAUUCACCAUCAGGGGUGUUCCUCAGCAGAUCGAGGUGGCCAGACAUCUCAUAGAUGAGAAAGUUGGUGGCACCAGUCUAGGAGCGCCGGGAGCCUUUGGACAGAGCCCCUUCAGCCAGCCUCCUGCUGCACCUCAUCAAAACACCUAUCCUCCAAGGAGCUCAGGGUGCUUCCCAAACAUUGCUGCUAAAGUGAACGGAAACCCUCACAGCACCCCUGUAAGUGGUCCUCCGGCCUUUCUGACCCAGGGCUGGGGCAGCACCUACCAGGCGUGGCAGCAGCCCACACAGCAAGUCCCAAGCCAGCAGAGCCAGCCGCAGAGCAGCCAGCCCGACUACGGCAAGGCCUGGGAGGACUAUUACAAAAAACAGAGUCAUGCUGCCAGCGCCGCUCCUCAGGCCAGCUCCCCACCGGACUACACUAUGGCCUGGGCCGAAUAUUACAGACAGCAGGUCGCUUUCUACGGGCAGACGUUAGGGCAGGCUCAGGCCCACAGCCAGGAACAGUAGAACAGUGACCUGCGGCCCCCUCCCCAAAAUCAUUGUGAGCGGAAACCUAUUUGUAACAGAGGUUUUUAGAUUUGCAAACCUUUUGAUGAAGAACCUUUGUUUUGUUCUGUGAAACACUAUAUUUAGAUUAACAGAAUUUUUCUAAAAAUUGGGAACUUAGUUACUAAAAAUUGCUGAUAAUUUUUUGUUUCAUCAUUUUUAUUUGUUAUUUCAAAUGUGGAAGCUCUGGGAUUCUUUUUGGAGCAAUAUCUGCAAAUUCAGGCACCAGAAUGUGCCUCAUAGCAGUGACAUUUCAACUGGUGUGUUUUUUGUUUUGUUGUUUUUUGCGUGUCUUUUUAUUUACAGUUGUUUCUGUUGCAACAGAACGUGGCUUGGAAGUCUUAGGUGGUAUGUAACAAAUUAUUUUUAAAUUUUUUAAACAGUAUUUAAAUGUUCUUAAAUGUAUAAAUUCAUUAAAUGUUUUACUUCUAAUUUCUUGUAUCUUGGCUGUCUGGUUUUAUUGCAUUUUUUAAAAAACUGAACUAUUAUGUAUUGUAAUUAAUUAUGUGAAUUCUGAAUUGAGACAGAGAAUUGUAUUGUUGUCCAACAGGGCUCGGGAGGGGCGUUUUAUAGGGUUUGUAUAAUUUCUAGAGUUCUAAAGGGUAAUAUAAAAAUGUGCUCAUGUGUUUAGCAUACGUCUUUUUAAUGUCUCAGUACCAGUUGCAAUUGUGUAUCUAAGACCUCCAAGCUUGUUUUAAAAACAAAACAAAAAUCCUCUCUAUUCUCAGAAAUAUAAAUACUGUUAUUUUUAAUAUUAAAAAGAAAUUCGAUAUAACUUUUAACAAACACUAUGGAACAUUAAACCACAUAAAAAUGUAGUCACUAUUUUUUAA